GCACUCAUUUUUAGUACAUAUCACAUAAUAUUGCACGUAGGUCUAGUGACUGAGGCAUCAAGACAUUUAGUUAAUUGCCUGAAGCCAAAGUGUAUCUGUACACAUUAUAUUAUGUGGCUUACAUCUUUGAUUUAGCUUUGAUAUCAAUUCAAUCAUGCACUCGUGAAUGAUUCCAAAGUUGAUAUUUGUAAGUAUAAUACAGUACAUUGUGAACUGCUAUUCUAUUAAAGCUUGAAGUAGGAUUUUAAGGAAAACUGUUGGCCUGCCAUAAUUAUUCACUAGACACGAGCACACAUAAAAAACCAGUCCAUCUUUGAAUUGUUUUUGGAUUGUCACUCAGCUGACAGUGAUAGUUACACGUACCAUAUACUAUCUACACAACAUUAGUAACUACAAUGUGCUAAUAUUAAAAAAUCCACUUAAUGACGUGCAGAGACAUCCGAUUGGCUAGUUUGUACUUAAAAAUCAGGUGUUUUCACUUCCAAGUUCAAUCAAGUCAAGAAGAAGUCCAAGGCUCAAUUGACAAUCUCGUUCAUUUCCAACUCAAAGAGUUUUCUCAUGGCCAAAAGAACAAGUGAUGUGACAAUGGUAUGGGACGCGAUGACUGUUAAAGCUUCUAGGAUUACCAAAAAGGAGGGUGACAUCAUGAAAGCUGACCUUUGUAAUGGAAGCCAGCUUCUGCUACUAGAUAAAGGGGAUCACUAUUCAGCAAUUGUUAUCCCUGACACAGCAGGUAGAAAAGAGAGAAGAAAAGUUGUAAAGAGGAAGGAUAGAAUUCUGGACAGUAACUAUGAAGUAGAGCCAAAAAAACUGUGUUCCAGAGAAAGUGAUAUAGAGUCAAUGUUCUCAGAUGAUCAGGAAGAAAUAGAUGAAGAGAGGCGAAAAGAGGAGCAGCAACAAAGAGACAUGGAGGGGCAACGAAAAGAGGAGCAGCAUCAAAGAGACAUGGAGAGGCAACGGAAAGAGGAGCAGCAUCAAAGAGACAUAGAGAGGCAACGGAAAGAGGAGCAGCAUCAAAGAGACAUGGAGAGGCAACGGAAAGAGGAGCAGCAUCAAAGAGACAUGGAGAGGCAACGGAAAGAGGAGCAGCAUCAAAGAGACAUAGAGAGGCAACAGAAAGAGGAGCAGAAUCAAAGAGAUGAGGAGAGGCAACGGAAAGACGAGGAGCAUCAAAGAGACAUAGAGAGGCAACAGAAAGAUGAGCAGCAUCAAAGAGAUGAGGAGAGACGUGAGAAGGAGGAUGCACAUUACUUACAGCUAACCAGCACUGAAUCAUCGGACGAAGACCCAACUAAACUUCAGAUGAUUAUGAAAAGACUGGAUACAAUUGAAAGAAUUUUGAGGAGACUUGAAGCGAGAGCUUUACCAUCAGAAUGUCACGCAUUAAUGGACGAUCCACAGCACACGUAUAAUGGCGUCAAUCUCCUGACAAUUGUGGCCAAAGAUGCAACUGCAUAUGGGAGAAAGAUACUUGACUUGAUGUUUACGAAGGCCGACCAAAGAGAGUCUCUGGUUUACAAGGUACACGAACACAAGUCGCAAAAAUUGGUGCUAGACAAGACAAAAGUUGAUCUUUUACUUGAGUGUGUUAAAAUAAAGUUUCCAGAACACAACCAGCAUAAACUUCUAAAUUCUCUCAACCAAAAGUGCCGAGAUGCCAAAAAACAUACUGACUCAAUCUAAACUUAUCAAGGGCAAGAACUUUUUUCAAAAGCUAAAAUUGAUUUUUGUUUUGUUAAAUUGACAUGUGUUUUAAGAAUUUAUGGGUAAUUAAUCGGCUAAUAGGAGGCAAC